ACCCACCGCCACCAACCCUCAGCUGCCCAACAUCCACCAUCACAGCCUUACCUUCUGAAUAACAUCAUUGGAAACUCAAACGGAGGCCCGGCAGAGGCACACCCAGGCCAAGAUGCCCGGCGAGCGCUCUCCGCUGAUCACCUCCGUCGGCGUCGGCCCGCCCGUGCGCCGAUACCGCCACAACGUCGUGCGCCGCUUCUGCACCAUUGCCCUGUCGUCCACCCUGAUAUGGUUCUUCGGCGUCCUCGUCCUGACCUCUAUCCUCGGCCGGGAUGCGCCGCACCGCCACCGCCCUGACCACAACGAUGGCUGGUCUUGGCCCGGCCACAAGGACCGCCAUCUGUCCUACGAUCAGCUGCGCAACAUCCUCCGCGAUGAACCCAGCAGCGAGCUUGCCGAGGAGUGGAGUCGCUACUACACCGACGGCCCUCAUCUCGCUGGACAGAACUUCUCACAGGCCGCCUGGACAAGGGAGAAGUGGGAGUCGUGGGGAAUCAAGUCCUCUAUCGUCUCGUAUAAUGUCUACCUCAACUACCCCGUCGACCACCGUCUCGCGCUACUAGAGGAGCCGAAAAAGUCCAAGGGCACGUCGGAUCCAUCGUCAUGGAAGGUCUCAUUCGAGGCCUCGCUCACCGAGGAUGUCGUAGACGAGGACCCCACAACUUCCCGCAAGGACUCUAUCCCGACUUUCCACGGUUACUCGGCCAGCGGCAAUGUCACGGCUACCUACGUCUAUGUCAACUAUGGCACCUACCAGGACUUUGAGGACCUGCUGCGCGCCAACGUGUCCCUCAAGGGCAACAUAGCCCUCGCCCGCUACGGCGGCAUCUUCCGUGGGCUCAAGGUCAAGCGAGCCCAGGAGCUGGGCAUGGUUGCCGCUGUCCUGUACUCCGACCCAGGCGACGAUGGCGAAGACAGCGACUACUCGGACCCGGAUGACCUCGAAUCUGCGAACAAGAGCGACGAUACCUACCCCAAGGGACCCAGGCGCCAGGCCAGUUCCGUCCAGCGUGGCAGCACCCAGUUCCUCAGUAUCGCCCCCGGCGACCCGACCACCCCCGGCUACCCAUCCAAGCCUGGUGCCCCACGCCAAGACCCCCACGGCCUGAUCCCGAGCAUCCCCUCGCUACCAAUUUCAUACGCCGACGCACUACCUAUCCUCAAGGCUCUCAAUGGCAACGGGCCGAGCUCUGACGACCUCGGAAGCAGCUGGACCCGGAAACGUGGGCUGAGAUCCAAGGGCGUCAGGUACAACAUUGGACCCUCCCCGACUGGCGUGGCCUUGAACGUGUACAACGAGCAGAAAUAUGUUACGACCCCGCUCUGGAAUGUAAUCGGCGUCAUCAACGGCUCCACCCCUGACGAGGUCAUUGUCGUGGGUAACCAUCGUGAUGCCUGGAUCGUCGGAGGCGCGGGUGACCCCAACAGCGGGUCUGCUGUCAUGAACGAGGUCAUCCGUAGUUUUGGAAAGGCCCUCGAGGCUGGCUGGAAGCCUCUCCGCACUAUUGUUUUCGCCUCGUGGGACGGCGAGGAAUACUCCCUCAUUGGGAGCACCGAAUGGGUCGAGGAGUAUUUGCCCUGGCUCAGCGCCACCAGCGUCGCCUACCUCAAUGUUGAUGUUGCGGUUUCGGGACCCCAGUUCAAGGCGGCCGGUGCCCCUCUCAUCGAUGCCCUCCUGCAUGAGAUCACAGGUGAAGUGCAGUCACCCAACCAGACAGUCAAGGGCCAAACCGUGCGCGACGUCUGGGGAGGUUCCAUUGAGAUCAUCGGCAGCGGCAGCGACUUCACGGCGUUCCAGGACUAUGCGGGCAUCCCCUGCCUAGACAUCGGCUUCACCGCGUCCGCCUCCAGCCCCGUAUACCAUUAUCACAGCAACUACGAUAGUUUUCACUGGAUGGCCAAGUUUGGCGACCCGGGCUUUGUCUACCAUCGCACAAUGGCCCAGAUCCUGGGUCUCCUGACGGCCAAGCUCGCCGACAAGCCCGUCAUCUCCUUUGUCGCCAAGGACUACGCCGCAGCGCUGGCCUCGUACAUCGACAAGAUCGAGAGGAAACUCGACACUGUGAUGUCGCCGGGUGACCACCCGCAUUCGCCGCCCCCAAAGCCGCUGGGCGCUGUGGACGCGGGGAUGAGCGAGGAGCAGCGCCUGUUUGAGCUGCGCGCGAGCCACCACCACCCUGGCCAGGACCACAAGGGGGACGCCACACACUUCAAGAAGGAGCUGGGCCGGUUGCACGACGCGGCGUGGAAGCUGACACAGAAGGCGACCGAGGUUGACGCGCGAGCUGGGGAGCUCAAGCGCCGGGCCGACGAGGACCUGCCAUGGUGGAAGUGGCCGGCCAAACUCAAGCUCGCGCUCGAGAUCCGCGCCCUCAACACGAGGCUCAAGUUUGUCGAGCGUCACUUUCUUUACCAGCCGGGCCUGGACGGCCGGAGCUGGUUCAAGUCGGUUGUGUAUGCGCCCGGCCUCUGGACCGGCUACGCUGGAGCUGUCUUCCCUGGACUGCAGGAAAGCAUAGACUCGCGCGACUUUGAGAACGCGGUUCGGUGGGUUGGCAUCAUUGAGAAUUGCAUCCUGAAAGCUGCCGACGGUCUCGACCUUGAGAAGAAGCACCACCAUCAACAUUUGCCUCUGAUGCUCUAGGCAGCUUUUCAUAAUCCAUCAUCUUCUUUUACAGUCGUUCCGAUGUUUUCUUUUCGGCACCACAAGAGGCCGUAGCAGCCUUGACCGGGCCGAUGGGUUGUGAUGUAUACACGGCCCGUAGGAUAGAUUUCAGAGCCUAAAGACCAACACGCCUCAACUGCAAUGCUGUUGAAAAUGAUGCUGUGUCAAGGUACUAAAGGGGCGCAAAAGGCAUGGUAGGACAAACACGGUAAACACAGGCCACUAGAGGACCUGAUUACAGGCGUCACAUAAAGGCAUGCGAGAUUUCGUCCAUCGUACUAGUGCCCAGCACUAUCGGGUCUCAAAUCUUGGAUAAUGAAAAGGAAACCUUGAUAUUUCAGUACUUUACACCAAGCAAGGCAUGCCAUGCCAUGAUAUUGUGCCCUUUCCUUUGGUUCGCCAGAGGACGACCGAAGACAAAACGGG